AUGUUUCCACACGCGACUUGCCUCCUGUGGAGCGUCAACAAUCCACGGGUAGGAGCGGCGGCAGUAGAGGCAGUGCCAGCUGAUGGUCUGAUUGAGGGAGCUGCAGGUUGGGUGCAUUUGACCGGCGGAACCGACGCUGUCCGUUGCAGCAUAAGGGCGCAUCCUGGACGCCCGCCGUUCCGUUUGGAUCGACAAGUACGUCAAUGUGUUAAAUACAAUGAAUCUGCAACCAUCGCGGACGUCGCCACGGUGGAAACGACGGACAGUUCGAGCUACAAACGACUGAUAUCAACAACAUCCAGCACCGCACCACCAGUGGCCGCAUCGACAACGCACGUGGCGCUAACGACACCGACCACCGCAACAACUCCAACCACGGGUGGCAUAAUGCUGAUGCACGACGGUGAGGACGAAGAUGGCGACCUAAGCGGUCCCACCGGCAACGCCAUCAACUCCCUGCGACGAAUCUCCGAAAACGAUCGGCCCCUGUUCGAGGCACUGUUGGCCGAGGAGCGAGGUGAACUGCCCCGACGGCGGCACGCCUGCACCGGGCGCUUUCUCACCAUGCACAAACGGCGCAGGAAGAAGCUGCUGACACGUAGCCUCGCCCUGGAUCAGGCCAUCCUCGACGACGUGCUCCACGGGCAGGUGCAGUGCAUUCUCGAUCGCGUAAACCACUGGCGCUUUAACGCGUUCACGCUCGAGACGGUGACUGGCGGACGCUCACUGCCGGUAUUAUGUGUUCAUCUGUUCCACUGGUACGGGCUUCUGGACCACUUCAACCUAGACGUAGUUAGAGUAUGGAAAUUGUUUAGCUUAAUCGAGGAAGGCUACCACAGCACGAACCCGUACCACAACUCGAUCCACGCGACGGACGUAACCCAGGCGAUGCACUGCUUCCUGCAGGAGAAGCGCAUCCUGGAACACCUGAGCCCGCUCGAGAUCAUGGCAUCCCUGAUCGGUGCCGUCACGCACGAUCUCGACCAUCCGGGCGUAAACCAGCCGUUCCUGAUCGCGACCUCAAACCACCUGGCGGCGCUGUACGAGAACACGUCCGUACUCGAGAACCACCACUGGCGAUCCGCGAUCGGGUGUCUGCUCGAGAGUGGCGUCGCCGAACAGGUGCAGGACAUCCGGCCCGAGCUCGAGCGGCAGAUCAGCUCUCUAAUCCUGGCGACGGACAUCACCCGGCAGCAGGAGUUCAUCGGACGCUUCCGGGACUACCUGAGCCGGGAUGCGCUCGACAUGCGGGACACCUCCCAUCGGCACUUUAUCCUGCAGAUCUCGCUCAAGUGUGCCGACAUCUCGAACCCGUGCCGCCCGUGGGACAUCAGCAAGAAGUGGAGCAUGAAGGUGUGCGAAGAGUUCUUCCGCCAGGGUGACUACGAGCGGCAGCUCAACCUGCCGGUGACGUCCCUGUGCGAUCGGCAGUCAACGACGGUACCGAAGAUCCAGACCGGAUUCUUUAAGUUCGUCGUCACACCGCUGCUGAACGAGUGGCACCGGUUCCUGCGCACGGAUCUGUCACACGCGAUGAUGCACCAUCUGAAGUACAACCAGCAGCAGUGGGAAAGCAAGCUGCAGGCGGAGAUCAACGAGGAGACGCGCACGGAGAUCUCGGAUGCUGAGCUGCUUGACGAUGAGGACAUCGAGGUGGGUGGGGAGGAUGAUGGUGAGGAUCAAGCUGAGGACGAAGCGGAUGAUGGUGUGCAUCAUCAUCAUCACCAUCUGGCGGAGUUGUCCGACAGCUCGGAGGUGUUGUUACCGUUCGCGAUGGCAAAGUACGGACGUCGUAGUUCGCUGCAGGUGACAGCCCACGGUUUUGCUGGUCGAGUGCGUAACGAGCGACGUCUCUCGGUACCGGCCACACACUGCAUCCCGAAGAUCAUCCUGCCGGCGAAGGAUUCGUCGAGUGGAGGUCGCGUUGGUGCUGGAGAGUUUAGUCUGCAGCCACCGGAAUCGAUCCAGGAGGGUGAUGAGCAUCGAUUCGACGCGGAUUCCCUGUCAAUCUUCUCCUCCGACAGUGACAGCUUGCACCGGGGUGCUCGUGGUUCGUCCACUGGCAGUACCGCUGACCGGGAGAGACCUUUAAGUGCGGAAAACCUCCUGCCAGACUGCAGCAUCGCUUCGAUGACGGAUGGUGCGUGCGGUGAUCGACUCAAUCUCGUCCUGCACGGUGCAGUGAGCGUAGGAAACACGGCUAACCUGCUGACCGUCGGUACGUCGAAGCACCUGAUACGCCAGCAAACGUUCCCACCGUUGCAACCGUACGUGCGGACACGCUACAUGUCCUCGCAGGCUGAACUCGGUGCCUGCCCGGAGGCUCUGCUCGAAUCAAACUCCUCCAGCUCGAACAGCAGUGGUUCGACACACGCGGCGGCUGCGGCCGCCAUGGCCCUUUCGGGUGGCGAAUCUCGCGGUCGUGUCCUUGCGGCCAGAAAGGAUAGCAUUAAGCGCGAACAACCACCGGAUGCUGCCGGAUCGUCCCAGUCGGACAGCAGCAAGAUCAAGGUACCGAAGUUGUCGCUAGGUCAGAAGGAAAACCUCGAUCCAUCGAUGCUCAAACGGAGCCUUAGUCGGCGGCGUGGCUCUGCACCGGUGACUGUGGCGUUGCCAGCGAAACCGGAAGCUUCGUCAGGAUCUGGCGCUGUGGCUUUGGCCGGUGAGAUUGGUAAAUCGCUCGUCAUUAAAACGUGCGAUCUAAUGCGCCGAGGAUCGAUGCCUGUCGAUGCACUCAUCCACUCCAACGAGCUUCCACCGGUGCAGACCACAGCGGAUGGUAGUGCUGGUGCCACUGUCCCACCAAUCCCGAACAGCCUGCUUGGACCACCGUACGGUGCCGGAAUGCAACGUCGUGGAUCGGUUCCAUGUGAAAGCACAAACGUUGCCCUGCGUAGCAGCUUCAGCAUCAAACGACGCAGCACGAAGAAGGCCCUACGUCGGCGGUCCUCUGGUGGAGCGGAAAUCCUCAGCCCAAUCCUGUCGGAGGAUGCGGGUGGCAGCAACGGAGGCGGGCCCUCCGGGUCGUCCUCCUCCAGCGCCUGGUACCGGAUCAAACGAGACGCUGGCCAUCGUCGGAGCGACAACGAGAGCCUCCUAUCGCGACGGCGUGGCUCCCUACCAGUUGAAGUUCUCGCCAUCGGAUAUUCCGGGACUCUGCGGCACUAAGUGAGUCACGAAAGCACGUGGGCUGUUACUGGACCGUUGUUCGCAAAAUUCCAUUCCAACGCCGUUGCUGGAGCACCGCAUAGCCAUCGUAAUAACAGCGAGGACAUUCGUGCAAUGUCACAAAGAAGCAAAUUCGAAAGACGCGGUCAAUCUCGGGCGCUGCUAUUUGCAAAAGACGCAGACAAACGGACGAAAGCAGAUGAGAAAGGGAGAAGAAAGAAAAAGAAGAAGAAAAAUCGUACGAAAACAAAAACCUUUUUGCUCAUUCCUACCACCGAUGCUUCCCGCCUAUGUCGACUUGUAGUAAACGGAACUGAACAUCCAACCAGCAGGAGAAACAAGCAAAGCAAACAUAGAAACAAAAGCAAACAAAACACAUACGAUAUGAAAACAUAACAUUAGAAGCAAGAACUGAGAAUUCGAGAACUAAAGACCGAUGUAGUGCAGUGUAUCGUUAGGCAGAAUCAGAAAAUCAAAGAUUUAUCGUAGAACAUGAAAAAAAACACAAAACAAAGGAAGAUUAUAUGGGGGGGUAGGUGUAGCAAACCAACUGAAAACAGACAAAAAAAACAAUCGUUGAUAAGUGUGUGCAUUGGUGUUGUAGCAUGUAGUAGAUAUAAGCAGUGGCUAGGGCAGAGGCGAAUAGCAGACGUGAGAUAGACGUGGUAGGCAAAAUAUAAUUCCCACAUCCCUGUCUUAGUUAGAAGAGGUGCUUCAAAACGGCCGAAAGUGCACUGCGAUUCAAAAUGGAGCGUGCGUUUACCAGCACGGGAGCACGCCGGAAGCAACAACAAAAAACCACAAUUGGAGAGCUUAUUCAUCCCAUUUACUACCCCCUAUCACUAACGCCAAAGGUGCGGUGGCCAUUACACAUCAGCACAUCAUCUCUAUCGAUCUUAUCUCAUCCGGUGUUCUUAUCCGGUGUUAUCCGGUGUAACAAGCCAGCGGAGGUGGGAACCGAUCGAAAAACAAAAUCGCUCUAUCUAUCGUUGCCCACACAGUGUGCCAUGGCAUGCUGCCAUGCUUUUACGAACCAUGGUUUGAUCCCAAUGGGAACGAACAACCCCGUUGCCAUAGGGACGAAAAGGAACACGUUUUGUAUUGCGUUAUUAUACUGUAUCUUAAUCUAACCGAUUGCACGAACCAUAUAUUCCCUUUUGACAGAAGGAGCUGGUAAUCCUCGAAUGUGUAUGUGUGUGUGUUGUUGGUUUAUUUUGCAAAUUAACAACCGAACAAUGGACCUCCUGUUCCUUCGUACUCUUUGUCGUAUGAAUGUGACGAACGCGAGCGUGAAGGAUGUGGAGUAAGUUGAACCAAAAAAAAUAAAAUGGGAUGAAAUGUAUGGGACAUUUCUGUGGAAGAUGUUGCGCUGAGGAGGCGCAAAAAAUCUUAGAAAAGAGGAAAAAGCGUAUAAGAAGAAGAAAAAGAAAAUGGAAGACACAACACGUAGUGCUUGAAAGCUGGCUGGUUCCAGCCCAAGAACAACAUGAAAAUAGAUUGUAAUAGCAUGCGGGACGGCUGAAUAUUCGCACGACAGGAGAUGCGAAACACAUAUAAAAAUUGCAGAUGGAUUUUUGGUUGUUAUUUUUACAAAUCUACAUAAACGCGAACCUGUCACAAGCAUAUAACACAUAUUUAGCACAAUAGCGAAGAAUUUAACGGUGGGACAAAUAACACAAUCUAGACAAAAACACAUACAGCUGAUUGAAUGUAAAACCUUUUUACUUUGUAGAAGUAGAAAAGCAAACAGGAUGUUGCCCCUCACCACCGUUUGAAAGAAAUAUCAAAAGAGAAAACAGCAUAUUUCUACCAUUUCACAAUUCGAAUGCAGGAUUUGGUCCCAUCAAACAUGAAAUAAUACGAUAAUAGAGGAAAAAAGCAAGACAGCAAACCCGUCUCUAGAUGAUUCGAAUGAUUAGCGAAACAAACGAAUGUGUUUGCAUAGCAUUAUUUAUUUAAUUUAAAUUGCGAUAAGUUGGUGUAAUAAAUUCCAUGCAUCAGUUGUUAUGAUUUUCUCUCAA